AAGAAGAAGAGGAAAAAGAAAAUUAGGCGGAUCCUUGAUGAUGCUGAAUUAGGAGAAGAGACCAAAAGAAAAAUUGCAAUCGAGAAGGAACGCCAAGAACGUCUCAAGUCAUUGCAAGAACAGUUUUCUACCAAAUCAAAUAUGGCGACCUCUGCAGCCUAUACCAGGAAUUUACCUGAAGGUGCUACAAUGGAAGUUCUUGGUGAUGCCUACACUGGUUACAUCGUGAAUGUUGCAAGGGAGAGUGGUGAAGAAGCUGUGAGGAUUCCACCCAGCAUAUCUGCUAAACUGAAAACCCAUCAGGUAGCUGGGAUAAGAUUUAUGUGGGAGAAUAUUAUACAGUCAAUCAGAAAGGUAAAGAGUGGUGAUAAAGGCCUUGGCUGCAUUUUAGCUCAUACAAUGGGCCUGGGCAAAACUUUUCAGGUCAUAGCUUUUUUGUACACGGCAAUGAGAAGUGUUGAUUUGGGAUUAAGAACUGCACUGAUUGUCACGCCAGUAAAUGUGCUGCAUAAUUGGCGGAAGGAAUUUAUGAAGUGGAGGCCUUCAGAAGUAAAACCUCUUCGAAUCUUUAUGCUAGAAGAUGUAUCAAGGGAUAGACGAACAGAGUUGCUUGCAAAGUGGAGAGCUAAAGGUGGAGUUUUUUUAAUUGGCUAUACUGCAUUUAGAAAUUUGUCUCUUGGAAAGCAUGUGAAGGAUCUACAUAUGGCUAGAGAAAUUCGCUCUGCCUUCCAGGAUGGACCUGAUAUACUUGUUUGUGAUGAGGCGCACAUAAUUAAGAACAGGAGAGCUGAUACAACCCAAGCCUUGAAACAAGUGAAAUGCCAGAGAAGGAUUGCAUUGACUGGGUCACCUCUGCAGAACAAUCUCAUGGAAUAUUAUUGUAUGGUUGAUUUUGUGAGAGAAGGUUUUCUUGGCAGCAGCCAUGAGUUUAGGAACCGCUUUCAGAAUCCUAUAGAAAAUGGUCAGCAUACUAAUUCAACAUCUGUAGAUGUGAAAAUUAUGAACCAGAGGUCUCAUAUUCUAUAUGAACAAUUGAAAGGAUUUGUUCAGAGAAUGGACAUGAGUGUGGUAAAAAAAGACCUGCCACCGAAAACCGUCUUUGUAAUAGCUGUGAAGCUUUCUUCCUUGCAGAGGAAAUUAUAUAAGAGAUUCCUUGAUGUGCAUGGAUUCACAAAUGGCAAAGCUUCUAAUGAAAACAUGAGGAGGAGCUUUUUCGCUGGAUACCAAGCUUUGGCGCAGGUAGAUCUCUAUUCUCUUAAAUUGAAUGAUUUACACUGGUGUUAA